CCCGAGUUAUAUUGAACUCAACUCACACGAUCACAAUACAAUCGCACGAUCCACCUUCGUCCGAAAACACGUGCAGGUGUUUCGCUUGUCUUUUUAAUCCAGAUACGGGUUGCAUUUAGUCUUGUAGACUGAAGCUCCCUCGCCUACCCUGCGUAGGAGAGUGCCCUUUACACCGUGAUGUAAGCUUAGCCAGCAUCUAGCUAUCGGAUCGGAGCUGGUCGGUCCAACAUUUGAUCCCUCGCGCACCACUACCAUCCUCUAGAGAGCCUCUAAGAAAGUCUUUCACAUCAGUGUCAACACAUAUGGAGCUACUGGUUGUUGAUGUUAGUGUGAGCUGCAGACAUGGUGGACGUAGCUUAUACCACAAUCCCUGCACAUAACAUCACAUCUUCAACAAACAUUUCACCAUUCAGUUCAUCUGUAGCGAGAAGGCCCCCAUCUCCUUCAGCUUUGUCAGUCAUUUCCUCCCAUGGAACUGCUACUAUGGGAGACAAACCUUCAGAAGAUAUAUCAGGCCCACAAGAGCCAUCAGGCGCACAAGAGAUCAAGUUGACAGAGAUAUCUAACACAACUAGAGUAUGGACAGGUCUUGUAGCUGGGGCUGUAGCGGGUGCCAUUGCCAAGACUGCUAUAGCUCCUUUAGACAGAACAAAAAUUAAUUUCCAGAUUCAUCGAGAGCCCUACUCAGUGAGGGGAGUAGUGAAGUUCCUUCAGGAGACAAUUUACAAAGAAGGUAUUGUGGGGCUAUGGAGAGGCAAUAGUGCUACAAUGGCAAGAAUUGUGCCUUAUGGAGCAAUUCAAUUCACUUCCCACGAGCAAUGGAAGAGAGUUUUAGGUUUAAAUGUUACCUCUCCAAUUGACCACUCAGAGGAUGCACACAUCAAAAGAUUUUUGGCCGGCUCACUUGCAGGUGUUACAUCGCAGUCCCUGACAUAUCCAUUAGACUUAGCUCGUGCAAGAAUGGCUGUGACAUCAAAAGGAGAGCUGAAUUCUCUCAGAUCUGUUUUUAGAGUCAUGUGGCAACAGGAAAGCAUUUUAGCAUUCUAUCGCGGUUAUUUACCAACUCUUCUCGGAGUUAUACCGUAUGCCGGACUCAGUUUUUUCACCUAUGAUACUCUCAAACAUCACUAUAGAGUUUGGCUUGGAGAUGAAAAGCCCAGCCAACUGAUCAACUUAGCCUGUGGUGCAAUUGCUGGUGCUAUUGCCCAAACAGGAUCAUAUCCCCUUGAUAUUGUAAGGAGACGAAUGCAAACAGCUGCAGUUACUGGCGAGCACUAUGAUACCAUAAUUGGCUCAUUGAGUAAAAUAUACCGGGAGGAAGGUAUAAGAGGUGGUUUCUUUAAAGGUUUAAGUAUGAAUUGGGUGAAGGGACCCAUUGCUGUUGGAAUAGGUUUCGCUUCAAAUGAAUUUGUGAGAGAUCAUUUGAGGAGGGUGUUGUGAUUAUUGCAUAUAUUUUGCCGGUAUUUGAAGCUCUAGUGUGUAUAAGUCAUAGCAGUUAAAAGGCGAAUCAUAAAGAAGUGCUAGCUAGUGUAAUUAUAUGUUCUGGUGUAUCCUUUUAAUUACUUGUAUCUAGGACUUUUAAAAUGAUGGUAUAAAAAUAAUGAAUUUCCCUUUCAAAUUUGUCAUGAUGAAUGGCUGAUUCAGUUAAUAUUGAAGGAUAGACAUUGAAGCUACGGAAACAAACCCUCAAGCAUCAGGUUCUGUUACACACUAUUUACAUGCCACAAAUCUGUUCUCAUAUUUCCCUCUGGAAUUUAUGAUCUGUUUUUUCAUGAUCCUUGAUCAUAAAAUAUACUUAUUGUUUUUCUUAUGUCAAGUAUACCCUCCUUUGAUUGUUCCUUUUAAUUAUCCGGAACACUUUAAGUAAGAAAAGCCAGCGCAAUAUUUUCAUAUCUUAUUUGUUAUCUACUUUGUGAAUUUUUUUCAGAUUACUGCAGUAGAUUUUGUAGUGCAACUUGGCAUAAAUCCAUGUUGCUCUUGUGAUAUAUGGUAUUGUAUUGUGUCUUAAUAGACAAACAUAAUGAUUUUUUUCUCUUUAUUUUAUUUUGAUUUUUGAGAACCAAUUUUGUUCUCUAGAAUGCCAGGUCUUUUUUUUUUUUCUUCUAUUGACUAUGUUAACAUUUCAAAAUCUCAAUGCUGUUGUUCUUCUUCAGAUAUGUAAGAUGCAUUGCAUAUCAAUUGUAUGGGACAGGUGGGCUCUGUGAAAUAUGUGUUGCAGUCAUUUGUCCUAGCAUUUGUCAUAACUUAAUAAUGUUUUUUUAUGGCUUUUAAUUUUCCUUUUGAACAGUUGACCCAUAAUUUUAUCUAUUGUUGCCUUCUUAAAUACCUAGAUGUUAAAAUUACCAUUAAUUAAAAAUGGAAAGUUAAUUCUUUGUUUGGUCUGUAGACUUUUUGUGCUGUGUUUACCUUUAAGAUUGUUGCUUGAUUUGUAGAAUUUUGUGUUAAUGCACUCUGCUUGUGCUCUAUUUAAUUUUAAUAAUUCAGGUCUAGUGUAUGAGUGUCUAAGUGUGAUAUUUUGUUUCUCAACUGUCAGUAUCCAAGCAAAUUGGAAUAUUUUCAUGUGUAUGACAGUUUUUAUGGUGGUUGGAAAUUUUAUGAGCUCUUGAUUUAAUUCCUGGUGGCUGUUAAUCACUUCUACCCAUUAUUACUGUUACCAGCUGUUGAGUGAGAUGAGAUGAUGAACAUAGCUUACAAGUGAAUAUGUAUUUGCUUUAUAGACUGAUGAUUUGGGGCUAUCUCUCAAGGUUUCAGAGGAGAUUUUAUUUCCUUGACAGCACUUUUGCCGCCAAAACAGCUGCUAUGUGGUAGAAGAGAGUGUAUUCCAUUCCCACUCAUCAGAGAAUGUAAUGAAGAUGAAGAAACCUGUUAUAUUGUGCCAUAAAUAUUUAUCUAUUGUUUUAAAUGGUAUGGAUUUGAAAAAUCACUUUUUCUGUUGAUGGUUAACUUUGUCAUUGACGCCGUAACUGUUGAUUAAUAGUACAAAGUCUGUUUGCACACAAUAGGAACUACUGCUUAUAAUGUUGCCCAUUUACCGAAUGAUGGUAUGGGGGUUUGGGCUUUGUGCAGGGCAAUAAUAAUUCAAUCUGAUUUACCAAACAAAAGUAAUCUACUCUUGUUAUCAUCAUUUGUGCUUUCUAUUAACUGAAGUAAUAAUUUCAUCUAUUGUUAUCAGUAGUAUAAAUGUACCUUGUUUGGAAAUCAUGUAUUUUUUUUUCAUUUUGAAGAGAGCACCUUGAUUACUAUGGUAUGCAUUUUAUUUCUAUGAAAUUUAAGUUAUUUUUAUUCUAGCCAUCAUCCAGAAAUGUCAUCUCAUUGGUGAACAAUUUGCUGAACAUUCUAAAGGGUUUAAUAAGACUGUAAAUACAAAAUCUUGUAUGAUUUCCAUUUUCAAAAAGUGCAAUUUUUUUCAGAUAUCAAUCAAUAUGUCAAUUGUAUGCUCAGACAUAGUGCGGUUGUGCUCAAAUGUGAUAGAACGGACAAUAACAAUAAAAAGUAUUCAUCGAUAAUAAACAUAAUCUUUAUUAAUAUGUAUAAAACAA